GCGGUGGGUUAUGACUUCAUCAUUCAAUUCAAUUGACUCGGCUCUUCCUCUCUCUCUGCUACAAUACUUGAUUGUAGAUCUUUCUCUGCUACUCCCAUCUCCAGCACACACCAAACAUCCCAAAUAAAACACAAAAAUUUAUUUAUUUAUUAGUAAAUUUAUUUUAUUCUGCUUUUACGAAAGUGGAGAGCGAUAUGGAAUUUGACGACCACGAAGAGCAGGAGGAGGAAGAAGAAGAGGAAGAGGAGGAGGAAGAGGAAAUGGGAUUCUCAGUGGCGGCGCCGGGUUACGAUUCCUUCGGAAACGCGGCGCCCAGGUCUAAAAUGAGCGCAGCUGAGGGAGUUCCGGCCACCGUUAACUCCGGUCGCAAAGGCGGCUCCGCGGGGACGAGCAGAUACAGAGAAUGUCAGAAGAAUCAUGCCGUCAGCAUCGGCGGUCACGCCGUCGAUGGCUGCUGCGAGUUCUUGGCCGCAGGAGAGGACGGCACGCUGGAGGCCGUAAUUUGCGCGGCCUGUAAUUGCCACCGCAAUUUUCACCGCAAGGAGAUCGACGGCGAAAUCAGCUCUUACCAACUGCGCUCGCAGCCGCAGCCCCAGCCGCAACCGCUGCAUCCUCAGUAUCACCACCAAUUCUCCCCUUACUACCACCGCGGGCCACCACCUUCCUCCGCGGGAUACCUCCACCCCCACCACCUGUUAACCACUCCGGUGUCGCAGCAUCGGCCUUUGGCUCUACCACCGCUGGCUUCGGGAGGAGUGUUCAGUAGAGAAGAGGAGGACAUGUCAAACCCCAGCUCGAGCGGCGGCGGAGGUGGCGGUUUUGGUGGUGGUGGUAGCGGCAGUGGAACGAAGAAGAGGUUUAGGACAAAAUUCACGCAGGAGCAGAAGGAUAAGAUGCUGGCAUUUGCGGAGAAGCUAGGGUGGAGAAUUCAGAAGCACGACGAAGCUGCCGUGGAACAAUUCUGCGCUGAAACUUGUGUGAAGAGACACGUGCUGAAGGUCUGGAUGCACAAUAACAAACACACUCUAGGUAAGAAACCCUAAUUUUCAG